AGCCAUACAACGAGAAAUGAAGGACUUUAUGAAAUCGCUACAGUAUCAGAGUGACAAGCUGGAUGAAUUGGUGGAAGGUCUCGUAUUUUGCAAGCAGUCAAUUCAGGAACUAAAACGAAAAAACACAGAAAUGAGCAAUAAAAAUUCUAACCUAGAAACUAGAAUUGGUGCAUUAGAACAACGGUUACAGGAGAUCGAGCAACAAAAAUUGGGUGAUCAAAUUGAGAUAUCUAAUAUACCUUACAAUGAUAAAGAAGACGCAAGGUUGAUUGUUGAAGAAAUUGCAAAUAAAUUGCAAUUACCAAAAGAUGAUGUAGUAAGUAUUCAGACGAAAGUGGGCUCGAGUCGAAAUGAAAUGCCGGGACCGAUACUAUUAAAAAUGAAGAAUGAAACUAUUCAAAACAAAUGGAUUACUACAUCAAAAAAGUGUAAGAUAUCUGUAAAGGAUGUUGUUGUAAAUACAGGUACAAAGUCCGGUCAACAAAUAGUAUAUAUACGAGAAUCCCUAACACCGUAUAAUAAAAAUUUAUUAUGGAAUGCAAAACAACAACUUAAGGAUAAGUACAAGUUUAUAUGGAGUAAAAAGGGUGUUAUUCGUGUACGUAAGGACAGUGAUAGUGUACCUAUCAUACUAAGAUCAAUAAAGGACAUAAGUCGCUUAGUUGAUAAUUAA